GAAAGCCAAAAAAAAUAAAUUAAAAGAAAAAAAUAGUGUUUUUUUUUUUUUUUUCAAGUUUUUCGAGAAGAUCACUCUAAUAAAAGAUUAUUCAUAGUAUGAUUUUGCAGAAAAUUAGUCAACUUGUUCAGUAAAUCUUGCCCUUCAUCUUCAAAGGAAGUGUGUUUUACUCCAACAACUUACUCUUCAUCAAGUGGAAGCAUCGCAGUGAGAUUGUUCAUGUUUAAUGGGGGCGGAUUUAUAGGCGGAUUUGAGGUCUUGUCGUCACUUUGCCGGAGCCCGGAGUUCUUCUUGUCGCCACGACGCCACCGGCCACACUCCGACACUCGCCAGAUCCAUAACCAGUAGCGGCAGACCGGCGUCCGGCAGUACUGCAGUAGGCACUCGUGCAUCAUCAAAAAGGAAUCAGUGUUCAUUUGACAAUAUCUUCCACACAGUCAUAGUCAAUCGCCUAUCAACUCAUGAUUUUGUGACAGCUUCCUCUAUCAUCUUGAGCUGCUUUUCAUUCCAAGCAUUUAUGGAAUAGUAAUAUGAUCUUGACCUCUCGGAGUGGAAAACAGAAUACAACGUUCACCAAGCUCAUUUGAUUAGAUUGAACACAGUCCCAUGCGUUUACUUUUGUUGGAAGACCUUGAUUGAUCCUUGGCAAUCAGGGUAGAAAGAAAAGGCAUCUAACAAGGAAGUUCUAGUGGAUACAGUGAGAAAUGGAAGUAAGAAAGCCUCUUGCGUUGGAUGAUGAAGUGAAGCGCCGUGCUUUAACACCAUUUAGGUUUUUAAGAGGUGUGUUAUGUUUGCUGGUGCUAAUCUCAACCGCUCUCAUGAUGCUGGUGUACCUUGGAUUUGUGAGUGCAGUUAUAGUACGAUUAUUCAGCAUACGUUACAGCAAGAGAAUGAGUUCUAGAAUCUUUGCUUGUUGGCUUUCUUUAUGGCCUUUCUUGUUUGAAAAAAUCAAUGACACUAGAGUGGUCUUUUCUGGAGAAACUGUUCCUGCCAAGGAGAGUAUUUUGUUACUUGCCAACCACAGAACUGAGGUUGACUGGAUGUACAUAUGGGACCUGGCAUUGAGAAAGGGUCGCUUGGGUGACAUCAAGUAUGUUCUUAAGAGUAGCUUAAUGAACUUACCUGUAUUUGGAUGGGCAUUUCACGUAUUGGAAUUCAUUCCUGUGCAUAGGAAGUGGGAUGUUGAUGAACCGAUCAUGCAUCAGAUGCUUUCAACUAUGAACGAUCCCCAAGAUCCCAUUUGGCUUGCUAUAUUUCCAGAAGGCACAGAUUUCACUGAGCAGAAGUGCAUUCAGAGUCAAAAGUAUGCAGCUGAUCAUGGUUUACCUAUACUGACAAAUGUGCUGCUUCCAAAGGCAAAGGGCUUCUUUGUCUGCAUGGAAAAAUUAAGGAAUUCUCUUGAUGCAGUCUAUGAUGUUACUGUUGGGUACAAGCCUCGCUGCCCUACUUUGAGGGACAAUGUGUUUGGAGUGAAUCCCUCGGAAGUCCAUAUCCAUAUUCGCCGUCUCCCAGUUAGCAGCAUUCCUGAUUCCGAGGAGGAGGUGGGCAAUUGGUUGACAGACACAUUUCAUCUGAAGGACAAACUUCUCUCAGAAUUUUACUCCAGAGGCCAUUUCCCCAAUGAAGGAACAGAAAGCGAACUUAGCAUGACAAAGUGCCUGGUGAAUUUUGUUGUUGCCUUGACUUUAACCAGCAUAUGUAUAGUCCUCACUUUUUCCUCUUUGAGGUGGUUAACGUAUGUACUUCUAGUAUGUGUUUAUUUAGAAUUUGCAACAAAGUUUAAUUUCCGGCCAUCACCUAUUUUUUGCUUUCCAAACCUAUGGCGUAAGGACAACAUCAAGCAGGCACUGGAUUAGUGCCUUACUAUUGCUAUAUACUAUAUCAAUUUGACUUCAA